AUGUUCUCUAAUGAAAGUAAUCAUACUAUUGAUCAUGUGCAGUGGUUACCCGGUGUACAAACGACAGCAUGUAUUUUCUAUACAAUUAUUUUACUAUUUGGAGUUAUUGGAAAUAUCCUGGUGAUUGUUAUCGUAACACGGUAUCGGAACAUGCGUAGUGCUACGAAUCUUCUCUUGACGAAUUUGUCCAUGGCUGAUUUAUUUCUGUUAAUAUUUUGUACGCCGGAAGGUUAUCAACAUCUAUAUGGCGAAGAUAAACAUCGGCUGGGAAAGUUUAUGUGUAGUUUUGGUCCAUUUGUGCAAAAUGUCACAUCGACAUGUUCAGUGUUGACCAUUAUGGCGAUCAGUUAUGAGCGAUACGUUGCUAUCUGUCAACCAUUGAAAACAUCUGCACUUCGGUUUACAUUAUUCCGAACAUUGCCUACUGUCGUUUUCAUUUGGAUUCUGUCAUGUUUAGUUUCCAUACCUUUCUUUCGGUAUUCGAAAACAGGAACUGCUCAAUCUAUCUAUGGUGAAACAAUUGUAACAUGUUUUACUGUAUUUCCUGAAUCAUGGAAAAAUAUCUACUUGAUUUUGUGUACACUAUAUUUAUAUAUUUUCAUUUUCUUAAUGCUCUGCUAUUGGCAUUUCUCGAUUUGUUGUAUAUUAUUUAGUCGCGAAGCACUUUUACGUGACAAUUCAAUUGUUACACGUUACCGUCGUCAAGUAGCGAAACUACUCAUCACAUUGAUCCUAACAUUCUUCAUAUUUAUCAUUCCAUACAAAAUCUGGGCUUAUAUACAUCAACGAUAUCAGUUCGAAGAGAUCGCUGUCAUUGGCUUCCAUCAAUAUUCCUUCAUCGCCAUCAUCACACGCUCAUUCUUGUAUCUUAAUUCAGCAAUCAAUCCCUUGCUGUAUUCAGUGAUGUCAACAAAAUUCCGACAGAGUUUACUUCUCCUAUGCGACGAUUGUCGUUAUCCAAACAAGGAUCGUCGAUCGGAUGCCGUGUAUUUCAAUCGAGAGUAUACUGCGAAACAAUUGAUGGGCAUUAAUGGUGGCGUUGGUGGCCGAACAACGUCAACAACGGCAGCGAAACUUUCUUAUCAUCAGUUCAACGGCAGUCACCUCCACGAGAAGAAAUCUCUAAUUAUCGACAAUUUACCUACGAUCAUAGUACAGAAUCCAACGGAUGAUGGAAAUCUGAUUCUUUCCAAAGAAUUACUUUGA